GGAGAAGUCUCGAAUCAACAGGUUACGUAUUUGAGGGUAGUUGAUUUGUUAAAAUAGUGGGAGAGUUAUUAGUUAAAGACCUAGCUAAUUACUUAGACUCUUGAUAUUAACUAUCUUGCAAAUUAUAUGUAGAUGUCUAAUAACAACCAUAACCUCACUCUUCGCUCGAUCCUCGACAAAGAUAAGUUGAUCGGUUCUAACUUCUUAGACUCGCAAAGAAACCUCGUUAUCAUUCUUCGACACGAGAAGAAAGAAUAUGUGCUCGAACGAGCCAUCCCACCUAUCCCGGCCGCCAAUGCUUCUAGAGAAAUCAAGGAUAGUUAUGAGAAGCAUGUUGAUGAUGACAAUGAGGUGGCAUGUCUCAUGUUGGCUACGAUGACUUCUGACCUUCAGAAACAUCACGAGAGUAUGAAGGCGUACGAUAAGAUCAUACACCUAAGACAGCUCUACCAAGGACAAGCUAGGCAUGAGAGAUUCCAAAUCUCCAAAGCUCUCUUUAGUUGCAAGUUGUUAGUUGGAAACCUCGUUGGUUCGCAUGUUCUCAAGAUGAUUGGCUACGUCCAAACUCUUGAGAAAUUGGGUUUCGAACUAAGGACGGAACUUGCGACUGAUCUAAUUCUGCAAUCGUUGCAAGAGUUGUACAAGCAGUUUGUGGUUAAUUACGAGAUGCAUGAACUCGAUAAACCAGUGCCAGAACUUUUGAAGAUGCUGCACUGUCGAAGAGAGCUUGACGAAAGGAAAGGGGAAUUCUGUCCUUCUAGUUCAAGGAGGAAAAGGCAAGAAGAAAUUCAAGAAAGCAAAGAAGAAUGGACCUAAAAGCAAGGGUAACACCGAGCCAAAGUCCAAUUCUUCCAAGUUCAAGCCUAAAGGUGGAGUGGCUAAAGAUUCCAUUUGUCAUCACUGUGGUGAAGUUGGCCACUAGAAGAGGAAUUGCAAGAAGUAUUUCGCAACCAAAAAAGGGUGAAGCUUCUG